AUGACCACAGAAUAUACAAAGUUAGAAUCAUCCAUUCCUUCUCAGCCUAAUUCAUCCACCGACAUGUUCACAUGCGAUCAACAGAACAGUGUAAUAGACACUUCUGUGUCUUGUGUAUACUCAAAUGCCUUAUUUAAAAAUUUCCCACUUACUACUACUGGUUAUUCAAUGUCAUUGGCUUCAACAAUAACAACAGCUCCUCCUCCGCCUCCACCAUCACCACCAUCUCUUCCAUCAGCACCGUCAGCAACAUCCUUUACAAUAGGUCAACGGCUGUCGAAGAUAAGUGUGAGUCCUGACGAAACAAUACAGGAUGCCAGAAUUAAACUGCAUUCACAGAACCCUCAUCCCAGUGAAUAUGAAUCAUUGUCAAUAUCGUUAUUGUUCCCACCGGAACAGUUAAUAACGGAGGUAACUCCUUCAAGAACUACCUCUCUUAGUACAACCACCACCUUGGAAAUGAUCAGCUCAAAUAAUUCUAUUCGAUCAGUUACAAGGAAACAAAUAAAAAACUAUCAAAAUGUUAAUGGUGGAUCUAAUAAAAAUUGUACUGGAUGUAAUCAGCCUAUAAUUGACAAAUUGUAUCUUGGAUUAUCUGAUGGACAAUUAUGGCAUGUGAACUGUUUAAACUGUCAUAUGUGUGGAAAGUGUUUAAAUGAAGAGAUAAGUUGUUUUAAUCGAUGUGGAAAAAUUUACUGUCGAGAAGAUUAUGAACAAUUCUAUUGUUUAUUCUCAUGGAAUUAUAUGAAGUAA